AUGGCGGACAGACAAACACCUUUUUCCAUCAGUCUCUUCGGCAGCCAAGCCGGCGAUGGCCCUCAAGAUGCAGCUGCGCCUUCGCGCGUACAGCAGGCGCUCGUCGACUUUAUCAUGGACUUUACUCUUGACAACAUCUUUGUCUACCGAGAUCAAAUACGCGAGAACGUGCUCUUGAAGCAGUACUACUGCGAUAUCGAUGUCGCGCAUCUCAUCAGCUACAGUCCAGAGCUUGCACACGAUCUCAGACAGAACCCAGCAGAAAUCAUACCCCUCUUCGAGUCCGCAUUAAAGUCGUGCACACAGCGCAUUGUUUACCCCUCACAAAAGAACAUUCAGCUCCCUGAGCACCAGCUGCUCCUCCACUCGAACGCUUCUGAACUUUCAAUUCGCGACCUGACCGCAACCAACGUUUCCCAACUCGUUCGCAUACCCGGCAUCAUCAUCGGUGCCUCGACGCUCUCGUCCAAAUCAACAGCGCUCGCCAUACGAUGCAGGAAUUGCCAGCACGAAGAAAUCCUUCCUGUAUCAGGUGGCUUCUCAGGUGUGUCUCUCCCAAGGACAUGUGGCAGGAAGCGAGGAGAGGGGGAGAGCGGAGAACAGUGUCCGCUGGACCCUUACUAUGUCAUGCACGAGCGCUGUCAGUUCAUCGACCAACAAGUGCUCAAGCUGCAGGAGGCGCCCGAUCAGGUUCCAGUCGGUGAACUACCACGACACAUCAUGAUAUCUGCAGACCGCUAUCUGGCGAAUCGUGUCGUCCCAGGUACACGGUGCUCGGUCAUGGGUGUCUUUUCUAUUUACCAGCAAAAGGGUUCUAAACGUGCUGGCAAUGCCGCAGUAGCCAUUCGUAAUCCAUACAUCAGGGCAGUUGGCAUUCAUGCAGAAGUCGACCACGGCAGCAAAGGCAAUGCUGUCUUCACUGAGGAAGAGGAGCAAGAGUUCUUGGAGAUGAGCAGGAGACCCGAUAUCUAUGAGGUCUUUGCACGUUGCAUCGCGCCCUCCAUCUACGGAAACCAGGACAUCAAGAAGGCUAUCGCUUGUUUGCUCAUGGGUGGUGCGAAGAAAAUCCUGCCGGACGGAAUGAAGCUUCGUGGAGACAUUAACGUGCUUCUCCUUGGUGAUCCUGGUACUGCCAAAUCUCAACUCUUGAAGUUCGUUGAGAAGGUCUCGCCAAUCGCAAUUUACACUUCUGGCAAAGGAUCCUCAGCAGCCGGUUUAACAGCAUCUGUGCAGCGCGACCACAAUACACGAGAAUUCUACCUCGAGGGUGGUGCCAUGGUCCUAGCUGAUGGCGGCGUAGUGUGUAUCGACGAAUUUGACAAGAUGCGCGAUGAAGAUCGAGUAGCCAUCCACGAAGCCAUGGAACAACAAACCAUUUCCAUCGCCAAAGCAGGCAUCACCACGAUUCUCAACUCGCGAACCUCGGUGCUAGCAGCCGCUAACCCUAUCUUUGGCCGCUACGAUGAUAUGAAGACACCUGGUGAGAACAUCGACUUCCAGACUACCAUCUUGUCACGUUUCGACAUGAUCUUCAUCGUGCGCGAUGAGCACGAUCGCGGUCGUGAUGAGCGGAUAGCAAAGCACGUCAUGGGCAUUGCGAUGGGCGGUCGAGGUGUUGAAGAGACAGUGCAGGCCGAGAUUCCAAUCGAGAAGAUGAAGCGCUACAUCACAUAUUGUCGGCAAAAGUGCGCACCGCGUCUGUCGCCCGAGGCGGCAGAAAAGCUUUCCAGUCACUUUGUUAGCAUUAGGCGGCAAGUGCAUGCUUCGGAGAUCAACGCAAAUCAACGCUCGAGUAUUCCCAUCACUGUCCGUCAACUAGAAGCUAUCAUUCGUAUUACCGAGUCGCUAGCCAAGUUGUCGCUGUCGCCCAUCGCAGACGAGUCACAUGUAGAUGAGGCAAUCCGUCUUUUCCUCGCUUCUACCAUGGACGCAGUAAAUCAAGGUGAAGGCCAGAGCUCGAAGGAGCUUAUGGAUGAAGUCAACAAAGUCGAAGAAGAACUCCGACGACGUAUGCCUAUUGGAUGGCAAGUCAACCUGUCUACGCUCAAGCGUGAGAUGGUGGAUGGAAAGGGUUACUCGGAGCAAGCACUUGCUCGCGCACUGCAUGUCAUGAAUGCACGUGAGACGAUCAGAUGGAGACAUGGCGGUAGUGUAGUGUUCAGGGCGAGCGCAUAG